CCCUCCUCCCCCCGCCGCGGCGGCGGCGGCGCGCCCGCCCUCGCGGCCCUCGCCUCUCCCACCCGGCGGCGGCACUGAGAGGGACCGGCACCGGCGUUCAUCGCGGGGCUCGCCGCGCCUCGCAAGGACAUAUAGGAGAAACUCAUCGCUUUCAAAAUGUCAUCAGUCAAACGCUUGGUUUAUGCAGUCAUCCAUUUCUUGAGAGAGCAGAGUCAGAUGGAUACAUUCACACCAGAUGAACAAGAAAGCUUGGAAGUGGCAAUUCAGUGUCUGGAGACUGUAUUUAAGAUUAACCUGGAAGAUACUCAUCUUGCACCUCCACAGCACUUGAUAGAAAUGUUCACAAAUUCUUUUCACAAGAAUGACAUGCUGCCUCUCUCAGAUUCUUUACCAGAGGAUGUUGAAAAGGCUGACCAGCUGAAGGAUGAAGGUAAUAAUCAUAUGAAAGAAGAAAAUUAUGGUGCUGCAGUGGAUUGUUAUACUAGGGCUAUAGAACUGGAUCCAAACAAUGCAGUCUAUUACUGCAACAGGGCUGCUGCUCAAAGUAAGCUCAACAACUACAAUGAAGCAAUAAAAGACUGUGAGAGAGCCAUAGCGAUAGAUCCAAAGUACAGCAAAGCAUAUGGGAGAAUGGGGUUGGCUCUGACCUCAGUGAAUAAAUAUGAAGAAGCAGUUACCAGUUACCAAAAAGCACUGGAUCUUGAUCCAGAGAAUGACUCUUAUAAGUCAAAUUUGAAAAUAGCAGAACAGAAACUAAGAGACAUGUCCAGUCCUACUGGAACUGGACUGAGUUUUGACAUGGCAAGCUUGAUAAACAAUCCUGCCUUCAUUAGUAUGGCAGCAAGUUUAAUGCAGAAUCCUCAAGUUCAACAACUGAUGUCAGGGAUGAUGUCAAAUGCCAUUGGUGGCCCUGCUGCAGGUGUUGGUGGCCUGUCGGAUUUGUCCAGUCUGAUCCACGCGGGACAGCAGUUUGCACAACAGAUACAGCAGCAGAAUCCAGAGCUCAUAGAGCAACUGAGAAAUCAUGUCCGGAGCAGAUCUUUCAGUGGCAGCACUGAAGAGCAUUCCUGACUUAAAGGAGGCAUGUGUAUUGGAAUGGUAUAUAACCCCAAAAUGCAUACCAUAGUUAGUAGCAAAAGCACCAUUGUAACUCUUCUGCUUGAAUAAAAGACAGAAAAUUCUUUGUGCGUGUUUGCAGACUAGAAUAAAUCUGUUAAACAGAUCUAUUGCACAUAACUUGGAACAUACCGUUUAUGUAUAGUUACUCCUCUGAAAAUUAAUACACUAAAUAGGUGGUUUAUUAAAAUCCCUAAGUACAAGUCAUUAUCAGUAUGUGCAUUAGACUGAUCUCCAGGGCUAUUGAGUGGGGAGGAGUUUUGUAGUGGGCUGAUUUUGCUUAACAGCUUAAUUCUGAAAUGCUACUGUAAAAGGCACGUUAUUCUUAGGGUGAAAUUCAUUAUGGCUGUACUCCCUGUCAAAUAUUGAAACAAUAGGCCCAUCUGAUGUAUCCUUUUAUAAUGAACAUAAGUAAGUGUUGGAAUAUAGCGUGUACUUAAAACUAAUUUGAAAAGUCUGUUUCUUCAAGCCUAUGGAGAGGCCAUCAUUAGUAAGAUGAAAUAUUUUUCAACUUCAUUGGGCAUGAGGGAGGGAGACGAUUGCAUAUGAAGGCAUACCACAAACUGUAGAGAAAAAGACACUAAUCCUGAGUAGGAUAAUAUACAGAAACCAAAAUGGAACUUGGCUUGAGAAAGGAAAGAAUAUUAAGAAGUUUUAGGCUUUUCUACUGCCAUGUACACCCUCAAAUCACGGUAGCCCUGGAGGUCAGCAUUAUGGCACUAUUUUCCUAGGCAUGGCGAACUGUAUCACAUUCUGUAUGUAUGCAGUAUUUAAUAUAAGCUUAAAAUUCUUAACUGUAAGAAGCUAAAACUGAUCCUGUGACUGUACAAAUAACUAGUACUGAAAAUUUAUCCAAAAAUAACUGCCUUAGAAAGAAGGAUUAUCUUUCUAUCCUUGUGUGGCAACUCACUGGCUUAAACAAUGAAGGAAUUUUUUUUUAAGUUUCAUUACACCUAUCUUAAGUGAUAGUUAUAUGGCCAAGUUAAAAGAUUUUUGCACUGUAGUGUUUCUGUUCCUAUCCUGGCUUUUCUUAGUCAGUUAAUCUUACUCUUUUAGAGACUACUGCUUUUCUGUAUCUUUAUUAUGUUAACUUUUUUUUUAUUCUGCUUACUGUUCACACUACUUUAUGUAUAAGGUACAUUGGUUUUUACUCCAGGGAGGUUCUCAACUGACUCUUCUCUUUGCGUAUCAAAACAAAUUUGAGGAGCCGCCUUUGAUUCCUAAGACAAAGUGAUCUCUGCUGGCCAGUUAGACUGGAGAAGGUAUGUGGAGAAGUAACAACAGACUCCCAAAUGAAGAAAUACAUGUGUAUUUCUUCACAGGAACUCCUGGAACCUCAGACAUUACAUCUGAUUCAUCUUGUGCUCAAAAAAAGAGCACCUCAAGUAGAAGCAAAUGCAAAAUUUGGGGCUAAGUCAUGUACUUGACUCUAACAAAUGCUAGUUGUGCAUCUAUUGUAUGAGUCUUCCCCUACUAAAACUUGGGGGGGGUUGGGGGUGGGGAGUGGAAUGCAGCUAGAUCCAAGGGGAAGUGAAAAGAACUGGAGAAAACACAAAAAUAGGAAAUCCAUAUUACCAUCUGUUGAAUAAAGAGGUAAAGUUUAAUAGAAGAACUUAAACAAUUUGAAGACAUUUCAGACUUUAUUCAGUAGAGCUUGCCUAUACACAGCAUUAAAAUGCUUAUUAUAAUUUUCUAUGUAAGUUGCUGUAGCUGCCUUUCUGAGGCUUUACAGCCUUUCUGAGGCUGUAAAGAUACUUACGCUUUACAUUAAAUACACUUCCAAGUAACAGCUUCUUAUGUCAAAGAAUAAAAUCCCCAACAGGAUCUUUUUUCAGAGGUAGCUCAGAUCCUGAAUCUAAUCCACUCAAGAAGACUGCCACUUAAGUUCAGUUGCAGUUAAUAGGACAGGCUACCAUUUACAAGAAAUAUCAAUGCAGGCUGUAGGUGGGCUACAACUACUGUACAUUGCCUGGAGUAGUGGGUUGUGUCAGCAGAGAAGCACUGCUCCUGGCGUAUCUCCUGUAAGACUUUAUGGUUCCUCUUAGUUCUGUCUCUUGUAUUUUCAACUGCUCAAAGUGAGCUUUACUAACUUUGAUAAGGGGAACCAAUAAAUCCAGAGUGGACUGGACAGCACUGCAAUCUCUCUCAUACUCAAUUUAUCCUUACUUUGUGACAGCAACCUUCAUGCAGUCACCUUUCUACUGUAGGACAGAAGGAGUGUCAAAAACUUCUCCAGAGUUCCUUAAGAACUACACAAUACAGUAAUAUUCAAAGACUGGCUGUAGAAGUUGUAUUGUCAAGUACAAGCCCUAUAGCUUACUGGAUUUUUGGGAGAACUAACCCCAAGGUUAAAUGAAAUGAAGCAUUGGUUACUUAUCUGAAAACUACUCAUGAAAUGAUGCUUAUGGAGUGCUAACUUUCACAUACUACAAUAUUGUCAUGAUUAGGUUUUACUUCAGUACAUAUAUGUAACCAGAAUAUUUAUUAAAACAUUGAUGGCAUUAGCUAACCCUCUAGGAAUGUGCUGCAGUUGGCACAAUACUUGUAAACAUUGUUUCUUGUGUAUUAGCAUAAAAGGCUUUAUAGCACAACUAAAAAAAACAGUGAAACCAAUAACAGGAGCUGCCAUUACAUGCUUUUCCACCACGAGCAGGAACAGAGGGAUCAUUUAUGCUAAAGUCCAUUUUGCCUUGAAUAGGCUAGAUUGUUUCACAGAGUCACGCAAUAUGUCUUAAUCACAGGGUGAGGAAGGAAUCUUUUCCUGUGUAAUAACUGCACUUUAUUUUGCACUAAAAAUUUUCCUCCUGCUACAUCAAGGGGUAAACCACAAUCCCUGUAAAUACUGCUUUAAUUUAAGGUCAAUUGCCGUAUCAUUCAACUGAGCGAAUAUGCACCUAACACCUAAUUGGUUUUGUAUCAUCAGCAAAUAAAAGUGAUAGUUAUUAGAGAAGAAAAUGUUUUGCACUCAAAUUGUAAACUGUAACCUGCUUGCAUGGAAGUAUAUUCUUCUCACUAUGACUGAUCAUAAAGACGCCUAAUGAAAUAUUCAGCUUAGAAAUUGUUUCAGUUGCACUUUCGGUUUUGUAACAAAUGCAAAGUAAAAUCACUCAUGCAUACUGAGAAAGAACUAAGUCUGCAGCUUUGGAUUCAUGCACUGUUUCAGGGCUACAGAAAGUAAUACUGGUAAAAUGCAGCUUGUGUACCAUUUAUGUAUCUCCUACCUCUAUUACCAUAUGGUUACAUCUCCUUCAACUUGAUUACAUCUCCUUCAAUUUGUGUGAGUUUAACUUUAAAAUAGAUUAUAAAUAAAGUUAUUUACAUUUUUUUGUCUGGA